GUUCCAGCGGAUCACAUACAAAAGCUUUGCCCAAUAGAAGUAUUCAUUUCCGGGAUUGUAUCGCACGUAGUCGCAACUACGAUUAAGAACUUGUCGCGAUGGUUAAUCGCUUAGCGUUUUCUCUCUCUUUUGCACUUCUGUACAGUGUAGCUGAGAUUUCUUUCAAAGUUGGCGGUUUUCCAGCACCGUUCAGCAAAGUUUUAUCUCUGGAGAACCCGCCUAUGGAAGGUAAAGAUGUUGUAAUCCUACAAAAUCUACUGCUGAGAUCACCAUUUGUGAGGCCCAUUGAAAAAAGUGGUGUGUACGAUAGGGAAACCAGUGAGGCUGUAGCCAGCUACCAAAAGGGAAAUGGUCUGCCAAGCAAUGGAAUAUUCAAUACAACAACAGCCUCUCUUGUUCUCAAGCAACUGAUGUAUGAUGGAUAUAAAGAUGAUCACACUGUCCCUUCCGGGUAUAAAUUUAAGGUGCAUAUUCCUGUGUACAAAGAUCGGACGAUUGAAACAAUUGGCACACUUUAUGACUCAAAUAACAAGGUCAUGCAUACAUUCCGUGCACGUUGCCAUGGUGCCAUGGAUGCCACUGGCAAAGAAAUAAAUCAGCUUACAAUAGAUGGAAACACUCCAACUGGACUUGUGACAUUUGACCUCAACAGUCCUGAGCCAAACCUAAAAUCAUUUGGCCCGUAUCCUGUCAUACGAGCAGUCAAAGGUCUAAAAGGAAAUGCUGCAAUUGGAAAAAACAAAGAUGACACCUUUCUAAGUGACUACAGGAGUGGAAUUCUAUUGCAUACAGGAGAGUGGGAUCAUUGGAAUCCAUCUGAACCUAUGCCUAACAGUCUUGGAUGCAUACAUGUGCACCCAACAGACUUGCAUACUAUUGAUGAUAUCCUAGUACACAAGCUGGGUGUGGUUGUACACAAAAAUCCUUUUGGAGAGAAUCCAUACCCUUAUGUUCCUCAAGGCAUUCUCUCUAUUGAGCAAAUAGACUGACAUUUCUGAAUGUAACAGUACUAUAACAUGAAUGAAUUAGUGCUUUUCAGUCAAGUGCUGUAAAAUUAAAACCAAGGUAAUAGCAACAGCCAAUCAGAGCAAGGUAAAUUUCUCAAGGGGCCAAUGGGCACUCAAAGUAAACACCUGCCUUAAUUGUAGGCGCGCAGAUGAGACUAAGUCACAAAUUUUGGUUUUGAUGCGUCAAUAAUUUAAAUUGGCCUCUGUAAAGAGUUUAAAAGCCUCUAAUUGGUGAGGAGAGUGGUACAAACUGUCUCAGCUGGUCAAGGAGUGUAGAACAGAAGAGCAGUUUCAACUCAGUGAAAGUAAUCCUCAGUGGAUUGCCUUGGUUUUGCAAUUGGCCAAAAAAACUCCUUUCCCUCUCUCCAUCAAUCAGAUGCAAAACUACAACCAACCACAACUUGGUCACCCCCAUUUUACUGCCCUUUAUGCAGUAUAGUUGUGUUUACUUCAAGUUUCAUUUUCCUUUCUUCUGAUUGGUCAAUGUGAUUAGUUUGGUUUUGUUUACAACAUUCAAACAAAAAGAGCUCUAAAGGUAAUGCAACCCUAGAUACUUUUAACAACUGAUUAAAAAUUCCUCAAAAUCAAUCAAUUAUCACCUGAAGGACAAGAGAUACUUCGUUUGUUUGAAAUUAAUUACAAGAGAGAGAUAUAAACACAGUAACUACUGAAAUUUUUUAUCUACUAUAUGGAGAGAUUCCCUAGUUUUUUUUUCAUAUUUCAUUCAUUGUGUAUAAAUUUUGUACAUAUUUUUUCAUUAAUAGCCUUGGUUGCAUUCAUGUACACCCUGACAAUUCAAAAACCAUUAAUUAAAUUCUUAAAAAUAUCGGUGUGAUCAAGAGACCAAAUACUUUUGGAAAACUGCCACAUCCUUACAAGUCCCAGGGACUGCUAUCUAUCGAAUUGAUUGUACACCAGUGAGUCUGUGGUAUUCAAACAAUGGAAGCAUCAUUUUAUUGACCAUACCCACUAAUACAUGAAUUACGUUUUUUUUUUUUCUUUCUGAAACCAUUUGAUAGACAACAUUUGUGUCACAGGCAACCCAAGUAAGGUUAGAAAUAUGUUACACUGCAUACCAUUUUACAAUGACCUUGUCAGGGAAUGCAAUUGUUGUUUAUGUUUAGAUUGUAUGGGGUUGACUAUUGCCCUUUAGUCACAAAAUCAUUAAUCACUAUAGCUUAACGAAAAAUCAUAGCGAAGAAAAAUUACAUAUCAUUCGCUUCUAAGGUAAGGCUUCAUUAUUAGAAAGAGUCCUUUGGGUUCAUACCAUUUCAAAUUAUAAAUACGUUAGCUACAUGUUAUGUAUUCUAAGUCUUUGUGUAAAAAUGUUAAGUGUAAUUCCCAAAUGCUUUUAAUUUUCAUAGAUCAGUAUUUUAGAAAACAUUAGAUAGACAGAAAACUAAUCCCUGUAGAAAUCACUAUUAAAAAGAUUAGAAAUAUUUCAAGGGAUUCUUGAUGAGUACAUUAAACUGCAUCAACUUUUA